UAAAUAAUUGAUGUGUUUUGCAUUAGUAGGUACUAGUGACAAUCAUUUGGUUUGGGUCCCCAUCUAAUGGGGUUUUAUCUAACAUGGAACCUCCAGUCAAAAAAGCUAAACUGACUUCUGGUGUCAAAGAUGACGUCACAAUACCCUGUGUGAUGGUAUUAGAAACUCUUGUUAAACUAACUGCUGACCAACAUUGCAAAUUCCAACUCAAUAAUCAUGUUGGCAAAAAGCAAGAACUUCCAUUUGCGCAAAACCCGUGGUUCUAUAAACAAAAGCACUUAAAGAAAACUGUUUUAAAACGUGCAAAGAAAAAUGCGUUUCGAAAGGACUCUUGCAAGCAACUUGUAGUAGAAGCUUACAGAGUACGAGCUGAACAGUUAAAGAACUCAACAAAACUAUUUGAAGUCGAAUAUAUUGCAAAUUUUAAGAUGAUUUCUAGCAUCCGAUAUUACCUUGUUAAGUGGGUUGGUUGGCCAAUGGAGGCAAACACAUGGGAACCAGCGGAUAACUUAAGUUGUCCCAACCUUAUUCAUGACUUCCAUGAAGAUUACACAAAACAAUUAAACAAGUUCCUUAAGGAGAGGAAACUGUCGUGGAAUAAGCUGUUCGUGCAACAGAAAAAAGAGAAAGGUGUUUUCCAAAAACUUUUUGAAUCGACACCGACAAAUUUUAAAUAUGUUUCACUUUACGCCGAGGAAAAAAGAAAAGUUCUUCAUCAAUUACAAAUGUGGCAGAAACGAAUCAACGAGAUUUCGAAAUCCAUGCCUUUGAUUGCUGUAGAAAAUGAAGUGGAUUUAUGCAGUUUUCCCCCCGAGUUUGAAUACGUUGAAUCAAAUAUAACUGGAAAAGAUGUUAUUAUCCCUACGGACCCUCUGAUUGGCUGCGAUUGCACCAAUGGCUGCACUUCCCGCCUAAUUUCAAAUGGAUGUUGUCCUGGUAUCCAUAAAGGGAGAGCCCCUUAUGCAAAUAAGCUCGUGAAAAUCAAGCCGGGAAAAGCAAUAUUUGAAUGUAAUAGAAGAUGCAAAUGCGGAGUGGAUUGUCCGAACCGUGUUGUUCAACAUGGACCUCGUAAUGCAUUAUCCAUAUAUAGAACUUCUAAUGGUAAAGGAUGGGGAGUUAAAACCCUACAGUUUAUUCCUAAGGGAACGUUUGUUAUGGAAUAUGUGGGUGAGGUAAUCACGAAUGACGAAGCUGAAAGACGCGGGAAACAAUACGACAACAACGGAAUCACUUAUUUGUUUGAUCUCGAUUAUUACGACUCGGAGAACCCUCUCACUGUAGAUGCGACGCGUUACGGAAAUAUUUCACAUUUUGUAAAUCACUCGUGCUCUCCUAACUUACAAGUAUACAACGUGUUCAUCAAUAACUUGGAUCCAUCACUGCCACGAAUUGCAUUGUUCGCCAAAUGUAAUAUCGGAACGAAUGAAGAACUUACAUUUGAUUACCAGAUGACUGGAGAUAAUACAACAGACACAACCAACCCCAGCUCCAUUAAACGGACUCGUUGUCUUUGUGCGUCACCCAAUUGUCGCGAGUGGUUGGUAUGAUUUUUACAACUUCGUGUACUGCACAAACUUUAUGUUCAGCUUUAUUUCAAGUUUGCUUCUUUGGUUUCUACUUCAAAGUUUACCGCAUGCAAACACAAGCAAUGCUUCUCAACCUUGUGACCCAAAUAUUCAACACAAAUUUAAAGCAAAUCCUUGGCAGACGAAUUUCCAAAACUCCACUUCAUAAUUUUUCAGUAAACUUAAAAUUUAAAUUUUAACAAGCUUUGUGGACCACUGUGGUAUUUGAAUCAAAUGGUGACCCAGGGGUUGAGAAGCACUCGUAUAAAAUGUUGAAUACUAAACUUGUGUUACAACUUACAAACAAAUACUUUUUAGACUUUGUAAAACAAAGUUAUAGAAGUUAUAAUGAUUGCAUUAUUAAUAAAACUGCAUCAAAACA